UCGAGCUGUCAACAGGUCUCCUGUAUGUUAAUGGCUUUGGGUUGAAGUUAUGGGGUGAUAAUGUGUAAGCAUGACGUUACCUGGCUUCAGUGAGUAAUAAACAGAGGGGGAUCUUCAUUUGCACGGAGGAUCCCCGGUAGUAAGAGCUAUACAGCUUAAUGUUGCGUGAAAUCAGACCCAGAGAAACUCCUGUUAGGCUAUCCCCUCCCUUCCGUGCUUUAUUUUCACUUCUCGUUUAAAAUAGGUGUGGGGCUUAGGACGAAGCUCUGACUACAUUUUGUCUGUUUUGUUACACAUGGCUAGCCUACCGUUAUCUCAAGAAGCAGAGAGAGAAAGAGAGAGAGAGAGAGAGAAAGCGCGAGCCCACACUCGAGCAGGUGCGACGGAGGAACGUACCAUUUCAGGAAAAAAGGACGGGGGCGGGGGGAUAGUGAAGUGAUAGCAGUUUGUUGAUUUUUAUUAUUUUAACAAAUUUGUUAAACCUGGUAAUGGACUGCCGUGCUGGGGUGUAGUAUUUGCGAGAAUAGGAGUUUCACCAGAUGGUGUUAAACCGCGGCUGAGACAGAGAGACAGCACGUUACCGCUUGCGGGUCUAGAGUGGCGGAAUCCCCGCCCCGCCUACGCGCGUGACUCACUGGUCAGGGAUUUCCGUUUGCACACGAAGAGGGCAUCCCUGUCGCCACACCCACGACCUCACACUACAGGGUCAAGCCGCGACGAUUAAAGAUCAUCUUUGGUCAUGCUUAAUGUCACCAUGACGGAUGAUCUCAUUUAAAGUCACUGAUUGAGAUUACGUUAUAGGGCUUUCUUCUAUAGAUCAUAGAGAUGGAUGCCUGAAGAUUAUAACUCUUAAUAACAUUUGAUAACAUUUAUUCCUGGGUUAUAUACGAGCCAAAUGUACUUGCAUCAGUUCAAAUCACUGUACUGGGGAAUCAACAUAGAAAGAUCUCCUGGGAUUGUCAUCCAAAUGUAUAUACUGGUAUGUUAUAUGGCUGGGUAAGUUCCUAAUAUAAUUCAUCACAGAUCAACAAAAUAUAAGCUGUAAAAAAAAAAAAAAGAAGAAGAAAAAGAAAAAGUGACAGCUCUCCCUCAUUUGUUUCAUAGCAUCAUUUACAUGGGGGUGUUUCUGUAAGUGACACGGUUGACAUAACUUCUUUGCUUACUAAACAGGGAUGUCCUUUGUGUUUUGGUAAACCCCUUAAUGCAGCCACUUGUUUACUGACCAAAACACAGGAUAUGACAGGAGCUAAUAGAUGAAGAUGUUUAUGAUGAUUCAGUUAAAAACAUGGAUAACCUGGUGUGUCAUGUUCUAAAUAUAGAAUACUAGAGCAUUUUUUUCCUAUAUACUUAGGAGAGUAGACUUGAGUGUGUGAGUGCGUUGUGAGAUUGUGGUGAUGAGGUGUUUGAAGAUUUGGGCUGGUAGGAGUAAAGUGAAACUAAAGUGAGAGGAGAACAAAUAAUGAAAAAAAAAAACAAAAAAAAAAACGGCUGAUAGGAAAGGGAAUUCUCCAAGACCAGCCAGGCACAGUGGAGUUUCCACACUGCCUCAACUUGCCUCGUCUUCCUCUUUUGAAUCCUCUGCCAUGAAAGUUGCUCACUUCAGUAGUUUUCACAGAAACUGCUGUUUUUUCCCCUGUGAGGGGAUAUGGAAAGCGAAAAGCAAUUCAUCUCAGCCCAGCUCUUUACUUGCAUAGUUCUGCCCAGUGAUAGGUUAUUUUAAGUUACAAUUAUGUAACUUAAAAUGCUGUAUUAGUUGUGAAUGGAUCCUUCCUUAAGUAAUGAAACUUAACAAUCCUCUAAAAAGUCUCUGUGUAGGAGACCUUUAUUCUGUGAAAUGUCAAAAACUAGCUUUUUGGUUCAGAACUUGCUUCUUAAAAUCCAUACGUAUGUUGGCAGUAGUAAGUCAAGCAUUGCCAGCGUAGUACAAAGUGUGAGUGUUAGGCAUAGCAACAGAAACUAUUGAGGCCCCAUACGUCAAUAAGGCAGGAAGAUGUGGUUCGCCACGCAGCGUAACGGAGCAAAGGAAACAGAAAAAUGCUUUGCGACAUUCGCCACGGCUUUCUGUCGAGGAGAACAGGUUCAACAUGAUCUCACCACCUCUUUUCCUAAUGGAAUACUUUCCUCAUGGUUUGUGUGACGAGAACGAAACACCUCUGAUGGAAAUUUCAGACUUAUCUCACGUUUUUGGGGUUGAAAUUUUGAAGAAAUGUUCCUCUCUGUCUGUAGCUGUUGACCACUGGAAACCCGCCGAUAUUUGCAUUAGGCUUUUUUUCUUUUCUUUUGCUUUUUUCCUUUGCGCCAAAGGAGAAGCCGUGUUACACGCUGCCCACAGUAAAGAAGCUCCUGGAGCAGAAGAGAAAGCGAGAGACGUCUUCAGCUCCUCCGAUCUGUGCCUCGGCGACCAAUAACGCUGGUGCUGCUGCGCCAAUCCCAGUUUCAACAUCAGAUCCGUCUGCCGGUGCAAACAGCAGCUACUCAGAUAUGGCAGCAAUGAGAUAUGACCGGUGGGAUGUAGCCAUGCAGCCACACUCCUCACCUUUUCAGGAGUGCAGCUCCUUCCCCUCUAUGUGUCUGAAUUAUAUAACAGACUCUCCAGGUCCUCUCAGCUUCGCAUCUGCUCCGGUUUAUAGCCAAGGCUUAACCUCUGCAGAACCUCAGCUUUCCAGCUAUAAUCCUCUUGCACCGCAGGACUGUCAGAGUGCACAGAUUCCACAGCAUUUUCAGCCCAGUACAGAGUGUCCCGUGACUUCAGCCAUGCCCAGUGCCAGCGCUGAUCUCAGGACUCAGGGUAUAAGUGUACCAAGCUCUGGUUACUUAUGGUCCUCUGGGUCCAGAGGUCAGGCAUCGACAGGCCCCUGCAGUCUGUCAGUUAGGCCCCAGAUGGACAUGGACAUGGCUAAGCUGGGUGAGGCACGGCACUUCCUGCAGGGCAUGGAUUACAGCAGAACCACAUGGAAGGACGAUGAUGGAGACACAAUUCUGCACAUAUACACUGCUAAGGGUCAAAGGGAAUAUGCCUUUGCUGCAGCUGAGAAAUUGCAGGAGCUUGGCAAAUUGGACACAAAAGAGCACAGGGGAAAGACUGCAUUACUGGUAGCAGUGACAGCCAAUCAGCCAGAGAUCGUGCAGGACCUGCUCUCUCUGGGCGCCGAUAUCAGCCUCUGUGACAUCAAAGGUCAAACCGCUCUGCACCUGGCAGCCACAUAUGGCUUUCCCCAGGUCAUGAAGGUUAUCCUCUCUAUGGAACACGGAGUCAACCUGGAGGCCCGCAAUUUUGAAGGUCUAACCCCAUUGCACUGUGCGGUGAUCUCCCACAAUGCCACAAUGAAGGCUCUUGCUUCCACCUCCUCUUCAUCCUCUGCCUGGCUAAAUGAUGGCAAUCUACAAACUCAGGCUGAAAAUAAACUCAUUUGCCUGCAGCUGCUACUGGAAGCAGGCGCUUCCCCACUCAGCCAGGAAAUCAAAAGUAAUAAGACUGUACUCCACCUGGCUGUAAAGGAGGGAAAUAUCCAGUUGGUUCAUUUUUUCCUGAAACUCCAGCUGCCCGACCUGCAGACCUUUAUCAACAUGAAGGCACACGGACACACAGCUUUGCACAUGGCGGCAGGGUUGCAUGGGAGCCCAUAUCAGGAGGAACUGAUCAGACUGCUGCUUAGCAGAGGAGCUGAUCCAAGUAUCCGCAACCUGGAGAACGACCAGCCUGUGCAUCUGCUGCAAAGCGGAGAACAAGGAGAUAAGCUCAAGCUCAUCUUAAAGAAGAGGAAUGCCUCUAGGCGGCGUAUCACAUCCUUACAGGACCAAGAGUGACCAGGACUGCUUUCCAGUCCCAAUAUGUCUCCCUUUACUUCUCAUAGGGACUUCUCAUAGAUCUGCAUUCACUCAAGGGAAAUUAGCGGAGAAACAUAUAAAAAAUAAAAUAAUUUAAUGAAAGCGUAGUCAAAGCAAAUUAUAAAGAAACUCUGGAUUAGGAAAUCUGCUGAAAAGGUGCCUCCAAGUCUUCUAUUCCUUGACUGAAUUCAGAUCUUGAUUUUAUAAUGGAUUUUAUCUAUAGUAUCCUCACAUGAGGAUUUUCUGAGAUCAUUAUGUCUAUUGUUGCAGAGUGCUGCAUCAUUUUUGACCCAUUUCAUGUCACUGACCUUUCUUGUAAAAAAAAUACUCAUGAAAAUGUGAUUUCUGUGAAAUCAUCUGUAGGGGUUCAAGUCGAAUUUCCCACCGUUUUUAUAAACCAUAUUGGUUUGGAAUUUUCUCAGUACACUACACUGCAUCAGUGUUGUCACCUUGCUAAAAAAAACCAAUCUAUUUAUUCUUUUUUACUCAUGUGUUACAUAUAUGUAUUAUUUGCUAGUAUUUGACUCAGGUAUAAAUUAUUUUCAUGCAGGAGCUCUGUGUUCUAUUUGUAACCUUUGUGGUUAUACAGAGAGGGUAAGCAGAGCUCAUCAGUUAUAGCUUGAAUGUGAGUGUUUUGAUGAGUCAUUAUAGGGGGUGAAAAUGUCACGCUUUUUUACGGUGACCUCAGCAUGGCAUUCAUCUCUCCAGUUGAGACUGAUAAUGUCAUUUACAUCACCUAGCGAUAUGCAAUAUGAUAUGUAUAAUAUAAUUAACAUAUAAUGUAAUUAUAUUAUCUGUUGAAUUUUUAAAGACAUCAGAAUUAGAAGUGACUCUAUUGCUAAGUGAAAAAGACAGGGUGUGGGAAUGGCUAAGGGGAUUAUCUCAUGUGAAUCACUGGGUUUCUGGGACUUGAGUGCCUUGUAAUUCAAAUAAGGGGGAAAAACAUUAUACUGUCAUUGCUUUGCAAAGCAGAGUGAAAUGAUUGUUAAUUUAUCAGAAUUGUUUGAGUGUUUCAUGUAAUCAGAAACCAAAAAUUAUCUACUUGUUCUAUAUUUUUUCUUUUAACAAUGGAUUAAUAUUAAUAUCAACACUGCAAUUAAAUCAAACUUCCUUUUUGAAUGUAAUACACUGACUAAAUGAAUUGUUUCAAUCUUCAGCAAUGGCAUU